GACGUGAAUUGUUCCGAAAACGUGAUUGAGAACACUUACAGAGAAGAAUUGGAACCGUGUAAAUUCUUCAACUAUCACGAAGGUGGUAAACCCGUUUGGCUUACAAGAGCUGAUCUGCGACGUCUCGAGAACGCAUUAAAGACACGUUUCUUGGAAUGGUUGAAAACAGAACCAAAGAAGAUGAAUAGCGUUCUAGAUAAACUUGGUUGUAAUGUACAACAACAACUCGAUUACAGAAGCAGACCUUUCGAUCAGGUUCUCUUUAAUAACAAUAUUGAAUACAAUAAUAAUAAUAUUAAUAAUAAUAUCAAUAAUAAUUUUAAUAAUAAUGUUCAGCGUUCAACAGCAUUAAAGAGCAUAGUGCCUUUAAUAAUGGAAUUACGCGAUAAAGAAAUGUUACCAGCAAUUUGCUUCAAUGAUGACCGUAAAGUUUGUGAGCAGCUUGCCGACAAACUGUUCGAAUACUUGGAGGCAGAACAACACGAGUUUGAAGAGAGCGAUGAAUUCAAGUCGAAAUAUGCAAUCAAGGAUGAGGAGAAAAUGAUGAAAUUAACGAAGAGGAAACGAGACGUAAAGGAGAAAGCGAAAGUAACGAAAAAGAAAGGCGGCGAAAAGGAUCGUGACGAGGAACGUGAUAAUCGUGAGACUCCUCAAGAUACUAACGAGGAGGAUCCAUUGGCGGCGAAGAAACUUCGUUUGAAUCAAAUUCUUGAAAGAUUCAAAUUGCGCUCUCAGCAAAGAGACGAAGAUCUGUUUACGAAGAUGACUGACCGUUUGAAUCGUGGCAGUGGGCGUUUUCGUGAUUCGACGAGACUUUUGUUGAAAUUGUUCGAACGAGGAAUAGGUUUCCAUCACGAAGGAUUAAACGCUGCUGAGCGUAUUGCUGUUGAAAUUCUCUUUAGAUCUGGCCAACUGGCAAUGAUCUUUUCAACAUCGACACUUGCAUUAGGUAUGAACAUGCCGUGUAAAUCGGUUAUUUUCGGUGUUGACCAUCCGUUGUUAACACCACUUCAAUUCCGACAAAUGUCUGGUCGUGCGGGUCGACGUGGUUAUGAUCGUUCUGGAACAGUUAUAUUCAUGUCGAUACCUACUUCCAAGAUUCGUCGUUUGUUAACUGCCAGUUUAUCGACAUUGCGUGGUAAUGUUCCGUUCACAGCAUCUUUCAUACUUCGACUCUUCUCCUACGUUCAUCAGAAAACAGAUGCUAAAGGUAAUCAUUCAUUUGAUAUUAUUCUUCUUUUUCAAAGUUUAUUGAUUUUAAUAUUUUCUAAAAAUGAAUUAAUGUUCCGAAUAUCAUUUACGAGAGAAACAGCGUUGACGUUACUGGAGAAUUCAUUCGCGUUGUUCACUCGCAGUGAAAUGAGAGAUGCUCUGCAAAAGCAAAUCAAAUUGUUCACAUUAUUCUCGGUGCAGUUACUCCGAUCACUGGAGUUACUCAACGAAAAGGGUGAACCAAAGGGAAUGGCUUCGAUUGUGUGUCAUUUAUCGGCGCAUGAACCCGGCAAUUUGUUGUUCAUACAUUUGCUUCAAAAUGGCAAAUUCCACGCCUUUUGCAAGCAAUACACAACCGAUAGGAAUAAACUCAAAUCGUUACUGAUCGUCGUAUUCGCGAAUCUCUUCACGAAUCGACGUCUUCCAUUGGGAUGGAAUCCAGAUGAUAAAGAUUCAUAUCCGUCUGGAGGCGAUUCCAGGGUUUAUUUCUAUUUUCAACUUUUUGAAAGAGUCGUUGAAUGUUGA